AUGUACGCCAAUAUCCUUACCAAGACCGCUGCCUUCGCCUUGGUCGCCGCCAGGGUCACCAGCGCGGAGUGCUUUGCCUGGGACCAGCCUGCCCUACACUGCUACAACGGUCCAUGGGACACCCCCCAAGAUGUCUCGGUCGAGGAUGUCACCUACAUCGGAAACUAUCUCCGCGCCCACGGCCUUCACGAGAACAAGUUCUGGUCCAUGCCCGCCGAAGACAAGGCCGAUUGCCAGGAGUGGGAGGUCUACACCUACAAGUCGGCCAGGCUGCUUGCGAAGCACAUCAACCCCAAAGCCAACUCGUCCGUCCUCUAUGAGGACAUCGCAAACACCAUCGACGGCGGUGCUUCCCGAGACGAGGUCGGCCCCGCCAUCAUCCAAUGCUUGGCCGACGGCGGCUUUGCUGGUGUGAUCUUCAAUCCCUUGAACCACCUCUACAACACCGACGAGUACAAGAAGGAGCACAAGACCCCCGAGGGUAUCCUGCUGAAGAUUGUUACCACCGUCCCCGAAGAACUAUAA